AUGGGCGCCGGCCUCAGCGCCCACGACGACAAGGUUUAUGCUCUGGUGAUAGAGCUCAUGGAUCCAGCCACUCGGGAGAGUGCGCUGUUGGAGCUGAGCAAGAAGAGAGAGCAGUACGACGACCUCGCGCUGAUCCUUUGGCAUUCCUUUGGGAUUAUGCCUGCGCUAUUGCAGGAGAUUGUCUCUGUAUACCCGCUGCUCUCACCUCCCAACCUCACCGCCCAUGUUUCGAAUCGUGUUUGCAAUGCUCUGGCUCUCCUACAGUGUGUGGCUUCUCACUCGGAGACAAGGCAAUUGUUCCUUAAUGCCCAUAUACCGUUAUUCUUAUACCCCUUCCUGAACACUACAUCCAAAACCCGACCGUUCGAGUAUCUUCGGCUGACGUCGCUUGGCGUCAUUGGCGCUCUCGUUAAACAAAAUGACAAUACCUCCGUCAUCCACUUCCUCCUCUCCACCGAGAUCAUUCCCCUCUGCCUGCGCAUCAUGGAGACAGGCUCGGAACUCUCCAAGACCGUUGCCAUCUUCAUCGUCCAGAAGAUCCUCCUUGACGAGACGGGUCUCACGUACAUCUGUCACACGUACGAGCGGUUUUACGCGGUGGGGACCGUCCUCAGCAAUAUGGUCAACCAGCUGGUGGAGACGCAGGCUGUGCGGCUGCUCAAGCAUGUGGUCCGCUGUUACCUGCGGUUGAGCGAUAACUUGAGGGCGAGAGAAGCUUUGCGCGCGUGCUUACCUGAGCCGCUCCGCGACAAUACCUUUGCGGCUCUUCUAAAGGGUGACAUGGUGACCAAGAGAUGUCUCACAACCCUACUCAACAAUCUCAACGAGCAGUAA